CUGCGCGGAUACAUGUCCAUUUGUGUGUCUCUUCUCGCAUAGGAAGAAAAAUCUGUAAACCUGUUUUGCUGGCAAGAAGUAUUGCAUAUCGUGCCACAUCGAUUGGAGACAAACCAUUUUAAAGAGCUUGCCACAAUCAGCGCGAAUGCCAGAGCGUGAUUACAGCGCGCAGUGUUCUCGUUUGAGUUUGAGUCCGAGACUGACUCCGAGUUGGUCCGAGUGCGAUAUGGGGUACAUUAGGGGUUUAAAAUUCGGCACGGCGUUGACGGUACUAAUAGUAUCAGUCGCGAUCUAUUACAGAAAUCCCGAUUAUGUUGUACAUAAACGGUUGCAAGCUUUGCUCGAUGGUUUGGAGAGGCUUGAGAACAGACAUGUGAUAUCGUCGCGGCCAAAAGUAACAAUAGGUUACGGUGUGUGCAUCGACGUGUACGUGAACGUCAGAGACUUGCUGAGUUACUCUGACGAGGUCGGGAAGCCGGAGCAUUUCAAUAAAAUUAAUACGGAAUUGGAAUUACUGAAAAGUUUCGCCUACUUCUUUCGCCAUGGAGCUGCUGCAGAAAGGUAUAUGGAAAAUAGAACACUCUUCGACGAGCUCGUCGCCAAAGCUCGUUCGUUCGAGUCAUCGUACUCUACCAUCGGUGGCAAUGCUGCAGUUAUGGCUUUGCGGUUUGCCAGGGAAGGAUGCGACGUAACGCUCGCAGCAAAACUGACCACGUCCCUUCAUCAAAUGAUACCGCAAGUUAUCAACGUCGUUGGGGGUGAAGUUAAAAGAGAUGACAUUCACUUAGUUAUAGAAUACAAGCACGAAGAGGUGUGGGGUCCAUAUACAAGCCCCAGAGCUAAUAGGUACAUUCUCCACAAUGACGCUAAUAAUCCUAAACUUAGCUCUCUCGACGCGUUUGAUGAUUUUCUAUCAACGCACGAGCCUAAUCUACUUGUUGUUAGCGGUCUACAAUUGAUGGAUAACUAUCCAUUGCCGAUUGAUGAAAAGAAAAAACUUCUACAAAAAGUGAACAAGCAAAUGUUGCAACCCGAGUCUACUAAGAUUCACUUCGAGAUGGCAUCGUUCACAGAAGCAGAAGUCAUUUAUGAACUGUUCAAUACGAUCAUACCGUUCACCGACAGUUUGGGGAUGAACGAACAGGAAAUAGCCAUUUUGUAUAAAUCGUGGUAUCACCACAACGGGAAUAAUUCAUUCGUCGCGGACUCGAUGCCACGGAUAGCCACGGUUUUGGAUCAGAUGCGAACACUGUUCAAAAUCGUGCGUUUUCAGAAUACAGUGGUAGGACAUCCUCGGUAUCUUACGAGACUUCACGUACACACGUUGGCGUACCAAGCCAUAAUCACUGUGAAAGACUCGAAGUGGAAGAACACGAUGGCUGCAGCAGCCAAAGCGUCGCUGACAGCCCAUAGACACGUAUGCGCGACAAGUCAAAUCGACGUUAGGAAAGCGACGCUGAUACUGGACGAGAGUUUUUCUACGUCUGUAGUCAAUGGUACUCGGAUACCAUUGGAUAUCAAUAAACCAGUCUCCUGCUGGGAUGAGAUGUUGGAAGAUCUGAAUAAGAAGAUAAUUCAUAUUGAAGUAUGCGUAGCGCCGGUGUUAGUAUGCACCGAGGUGACUCAGACCGCUGGCAGUGGUGAUAAUAUAUCGAGCGCCAGUAUCGUUAUACAGAUCUAAUGUAUCUCGACAAUGAAUUCCUAUACCGUUCUCUGCUUUGACUCUCACACCAAACAAGAUUAGAUGUCGGUGCACAUCAGCUUUGACAAUUUUAGGUCUACGAUUCAUUCCAUUAAGUAUCAUUCCAACGAGAAGCGCGCUCGCCACUGUCUCGCUCCGGGUUGUAAAUACUGGAGUGCUUAAGGAUGUAUUGGCUAUACAGUCAAUCCCAAAAGUUUAUGUACCUUAGAAAAACGCAUUUCCUAUAAUUAAA